AUGAUGCAUUCCUCUCUAACCCGCGCGCAGGCCGUAUUCGGCUUCUUCACCACAGUCGCCUGUGUGGUAGCUGCCUUCGCUGCGCUAUCAACACUAUUAUUCCCCACAACCGCUACGACGACAUCGGUGGACUUGAAGAAUGUCCAAGUAGUCAAGGGCCGCCCACACUAUUACUCCACCAAGCGCUCCGAAUACGCACAGAUCCGCUUCGAUCUCGACGCAGACCUGACCCCGCUCUUCAACUGGAACACCAAGCAGGUCUUCGUCUACGUCUACGCAAGCUACUCCUCAUCCAACGACGCCAACUCUCUGCUCCGCGACUCCGAGGCCGUCAUCUGGGAUGUCAUUAUCCCGGCCCAAACCUCCCCCUACACAUGGGAUAAGCUGAAGGAGAAGGCGCUCGAUGCGCUCCCCGCGCCCAUUGUGGCGAAGAUCUCGCCCGGCUCUGUGAAGAAGAGUAAUAAGCGCGCUGGCUCCAAGGCGGCGGCUAGCAAGAAGGCCAAGGCUAAGGCGAGCGCGAAGGAGGAGGCUGCACCGGGACUUCUCAGACUCAGGGGACAAAAGGCCAAGUAUCAGAUCAGUGAUAUUACGGGGCUGCUGGCUGAGAAGCAGAAUGUUACUUUGGCUGUUGGGUGGAAUGUGCAGCCGUGGGUUGGGGCUUUGUGGUGGAGUCCUGGGUCUGGGGCUGUGCCGAGGACGGAGGGUACCGUUCUGAGGAGUGAGGAAUUUGAUUUCCCGGCUCUGAAAGGCAAGAAGGUUGAGGGACAGAGUGAGAGUGUUUGA